AUGGCCGGGCCGGAUCUCCAGCAUUUGUCGAGCAACUGGAAGAUCUUGCAAGAGCGACUGAAGGCUGGAAAGAGGCAAGAGGUAGCCAAGAAUGGACUGAAACGCAAGAGAGAGUUGGAGGAGAAGAAGAGCAAAGUCGCCAAAGACGACAAAGACGACAAACCAAAGAAGCGCAAGAUGGGAGGUUACAUAUCGACACCCGCCAGCGCGGGCAGCAGCACAACACGGGAAAAAGAAGCCAAACUGAUGCAGGUCCACGACAUCCCCGCUGCCGACAUCACAGCUGCCUAUGGAUCCUCCUCCAUCUCCAAUCGCUCCUACACAGAUACGCCCAACAGCGGACUACAUCCGACUCAUAAGCUGGGCAAAUACCUCGCACUUGAUUGUGAAAUGGUUGGUACAGGUCCUCCGCCUCAUAGCGACAAUCUUCUCGCCCGCGCAUCGGUGGUCAACUUUCACGGCGAACAAGUGUACGACUCAUACGUCCAGCCACCACCCAAAGCGCGAGUGGAAGACUACAGGACACACGUCUCUGGUAUAAAACCACAUCAUAUGCGUGCUCCAUAUGCGCGAUCAUUUGCAGAGGUACAGGCGGACGUUGCUAGAUUGUUGCAGGGUAGGAUUCUGGUCGGACACGCGUUGAGGAACGAUUUGAAUGCGCUGCUGCUCACUCACCCGAAGAGUGCGCAACGAGAUACGAGCCGGUAUGCGAAGUUCCGUGUUGAAAGUCGGGGAAAGCCGCCCGCGUUGAGGAAGUUGGCCAAGAGCGAACUGGGAAUGGACAUUCAGACGGGAGAGCACUCUAGUAUUGAGGAUGCGCGCGCUACCAUGGCACUGUUUCGGAAGGAGAAGGUGGGAUUUGAAGAGGAUGCCAGGAAGCGCUUUGGACAGGAGAGAGCGCAGAAAGGGAGAGCGAUGGCAGAGAUGUCGCCUAGUGUGGAGGAUAGCGAGGACGACGUGGUGGAGGAAGAUGACGGCGACUUGGACUUGAUUGAAGGUGAAGAGGAUGAUGAGUAUGCCGAUGAACUGCCUGUGUCGGAGAGGGUUGGAGCUGGUCAGGGCGGUGCAGGGAGCAAGAAAAAGAAGAAGAAGARGCGGACAAAGCGCAAGUGA